GGUACAUAACUGAGGACUACUGCCUCUAGACAGCAGACAUGUGGUACAGCAGAGUGCAGAACCUGACAGAGAAAUCAGCAGCUAUGAAGCUAAUGCGAGCAGAUACUAUGGUGCUUUAUUUUGCCAGUGGUUGUUUGGAGCCUUAUGUUGAGAUUAUCACAGUGAAGGACUCCAAGCGUCGCCUCAGUCUGUGCAGCUCAGUGGAGUCUGAACCAGAGGAGCAGGAGUACCAGGAAGUUGAUGAUGUUCUCCCUGUCCUGAGCAGCCAGAGCCAGCUGUUAGAUGAUCACCACCUACAGAGACUUGCUGGUCACAUGCCACCAAGGACCCAGGGCUAUCCGUGGCAUCUGGUCUACAGCACAGCCAUCCAUGGGAGCAGCCUGAAGACACUCUACAGGAAUAUGUCUGGUCUGGACAGUCCUGUGCUGCUGGUCAUCAAAGACAUGCACAAAAAGGUGUUUGGAGCUUUUUCAUCUGAUCCAUUCAGAGUCAGUAAAUACUGCUACGGCACUGGAGAGACCUUCCUCUUCAGCUUCAACCCCGACCUCCAGCUUUACAGGUGGAGUGGGGACAACUCCUACUUUGUGAGCGGCAACCUACAGUCUCUGGAGUUUGGUGGAGGAGGAGAUGGCUUUGGCCUGUGGCUGGAUGCUGAUCUGUAUCAUGGUGCAAGCUUUUCCUGCCCUACCUUUCACAACGCACCUCUUUCUACACAUGAAGAUUUUAUCGUGCAAGACGUUGAAGUCUGGACUGUGCAGAAUUGACUGCGAACGCUUGAAAAAAGCAAAUAUAAAACAAAGCUUUCCUGAAUGGAUCUACAAGCUUUCAAGACUUCAUGGAAGAUAUGUGGUUCAGCCACUGCUUUUCCCUGAGACAGCAGUCACCAUCAUCUGUACA